AUGAAGCUCAACAUCUCCUACCCCAACAAUGGAACCCAGAAGUUGAUCGAGGUCGAGGAUGAGCGCAAGCUCCGCGUCUUCAUGGACCGCCGCAUGGGUCAAGAAGUCCCUGCCGACAGCAUUGGCGACGAGUUCAAGGGCUACAUCGUCAGGAUCACCGGCGGUAACGACAAGCAAGGUUUCCCGAUGAAGCAGGGUGUCAUGCACCCAACUCGUGUCCGCCUUCUCCUCGCUGAUGGCCACUCCUGCUACCGCCCCCGCCGCACUGGUGAGCGCAAGAGGAAGUCCGUCCGUGGAUGCAUUGUCGGCAUGGACCUCUCUGUCCUUGCUCUCAGCAUCGUCAAGAAGGGUGACGACGAAAUUCCCGGCCUGACCGACAUUGUCCACCCCAAGCGCCUCGGUCCCAAGCGUGCCACCAAGAUCCGCCGCUUCUUCGGUCUCAGCAAGGAAGAUGAUGUCCGCAAGUUCGUCAUCCGCCGUGAGGUCCAGCCCAAGAAGGAGGGCGCCAAGCCCUACACCAAGGCCCCCAAGAUCCAGCGUCUUGUUACUCCUCAGCGUCUCCAGCACAAGCGUCACAGGCUGGCACUCAAGCGUCGUCGCGCGGAGGCUUCCAAGGAUGCUGCCAACGAGUACGCUCAGAUCCUUUCCAAGCGCAUCAACGACGCCAAGGCCGCACACGACGAGGCCCGCAAGAGGAGGGCGUCUUCCAUGAAGCACUAG